AUGAUGCUGUAUAUGAUUCCAGUACACAUCUACAUGUUUCAAAGUGUUUUGAUAAAUAACGGCAUGCAAUGCAAAACAAUGAGGAAUGUGCUGGGAUUUGCUGCUAUACUAUUCGUGUCAUGUAUGGCGUCGACACAAGAAAUGAAUAGCUUUGAAAACCCGGACUUUGGCAUUCUUGAGGUAUAUUCUAACGGAGCAUGCAAUACGGAGGUUCCAAUGUGCUCGAGAUUGGGAGUCAAAGUGCUUAUGCAGGGCGGGAAUGCAGUCGAUUCUGCUGUUGCAUCUGCCAUAUGUGUUGGGAUAGUAAACUCGUUUUCUUCAGGAAUCGGAGGUGGAGGAUUUAUGCUUAUAAAGAAGCCGGGCGAGGAAGGCGCUGUAGACAUGAUAGACUUCAGAGAAGUUGCGCCAAAGAGGCUCAGCACCAAAGUGCUCUAUGAAGCACGGAAUGGACCAAAGGUAGGUGGCUUGAGUGUGGGUGUUCCAAGUGAAGUGCAUGGGAUUUAUGAGGCACACAUGAAGUAUGGAAAGCUUCCAUGGAAGAAUCUGUUCCAAGAAAACAUACAAAUAGCAAAGGGCUUUCCUGCAAGCAGCCAGCUGGUAAAAAGAAUCAACAAAUUUAAAGAGUUUAUAGCAAUCGAUCCGGGAUUAAGAAGCACAUACAUGCGCAACAAUGAGCUUCUCAAGGAAGGAGAUGUUGUAGUACGCGAAAACUACGCAAAAACUUUGGAGAUGAUCAUGAACAACCCAGAUGACUUCUAUAAUGGAAGCCUUGCCGACUCAAUUGUGAAGGCUGUUAACAAUCAGGGUGGGGUGCUUGCAAAGAGCGACUUGCAGGAGUAUAAGUCCAUACACAGGCCCGUGGUUGAAGGAAGAUACCACGACUACAAGGUAUACACAACAAAUCUUCCCACAAGCGGGCCAUUGGUUUUGAAAGCAUUGAACAUACUUGAGAAGUACAAUCUCAAUAGCUUGGUUGCAGAUGACAUACAGACGGGAAAGUUCAGAAAUCUGCAUCUGCUUAUUGAGAUAUUCAAGUUCAUGAUGGCCAGACGAGGAGAGCUUGCAGACCCUGAAUUUCUUGAGAACUGGAAGGAUAUGGUGAAUGAAAUAACAUCGAAGGAGAUAGCAGAGCAGAUAUAUAAGAAAAUAGACCUUGAUAAAGUGCUAGAUGCUAAAGAGUACGGAAUGAAGAAGCACGGAGUCGAGGACCAUGGAACCACACAUAUGAAUGUAGUGGACAAGGAUGACAUGGCGGUUCUGCUGACAAGCUCAAUAAACUUUGAGUUUGGCGCAAAGUUCAUGGAUCCAGAAACAGGAAUUGUAUUUAACAACACAAUGGACGACUUUCAGGCUCCUGAGCACAACGAUGCCAAUGCAGGAUCUGCAAAUGCACUCGAUGCAGGAAAAAGGCCGUUUUCAUCAAUGUCACCGGUUAUUUUGUCGAAAAGCGAUGAGCUGCUUGUGCUGGGAGCGGCUGGCGGAAUACGAAUACCCACGUCUAUUGUAUCGACCCUGUUCCAUCUAUCUACUGGAAAGAACCUGAAGGAAGCAAUAAUGACGACACGAAUGCACAACCAUCUAUUUCCAGAUGUUACUUUUGUAGAGCACGACAUUGCAGGGCCGGUUGAGCAAUAUCUUGUUGAUUCAGGCCAUGUAAUAGAAAAAUCGCUCGAGAACACCGUAUUUACAUCUGUACAGGGUAUUCUUCUCAAAAGAAGCAAUGGGAAUAGAACGAUCCACGCAGUGUCUGAUCUUAGGAAGGGGGGAGAGUCUUUUGGAUACUAG